CGAUAAUUAGUAUUAAAUUAGCUCUUGAAAAGUAAAGAUUAAAUAUUCCGAAAAAUUCAAUAAUUAAAAUAUUUUUCCACAAACUGUACCCAUUGAAAUCGAAAUUUCUAUGAAACUCUUAAAACUGUUUUGCUAAAGCAAUAUAGUAUAACAACAAUAAUAAUUAAUAUAACAAAUAAACUGACCGGCAGCACUUGGAGUAUGGAUAAAGAAAUGUUGUUAGCUUCUACAUAUAAAUGACUUAUUUAAAGAUAAAGAAAAGAGUGAUAAAUAGAAUAGAUAAAUAAAAUUAAAUAAAAACUACUUUAGGACAAGUAAGAAAGAGUCUUAAAAAUAUUCGGCAGAGCCGGGUAUUGUAUUAACAUUUAAAAUUUAAAACAGUUUAUAACUUUCAAAAUGACCACACCAGUACAAAAACUUAUGGCACUAAAAGUAGGACAGCUACUGCUAGUCGAAACAAUUGGAGGAGAACUACUAGUUGGCACGUUAAAAAGUAUAAAUAUCAAGUAUCUUAUGGUUGAAUUGGACAAUGUACGAGAUAUUAAAACCAACUAUACAUAUCAAUCAUCACAAAUAUUGGCCUAUACCCAAAUGAAAAACAUUAAAUUAAUGUUAAGCGAAAAUGAGGCCAAUUGUAAGAGCACAACUGAAACGGAUACUGAUAGCACAGCAGAACUGGUAAAAAGUUGCAAUACAUCCUUAAUUGACAUGGAUCAAAUGUCCAAUAGUAGUAGUAGUGGUAAAAAACCAACUGUUGACAGUUUAAAUAUACAAUUAACAGCUUUAGAUUUACAUUUGCUACAAACUCAAUUGGAUAGCAUGUUAUUCAUAACACAAACCGAUCACAAAUAUCACAAGGCCUUAAAUGACAUGAAAAGUCAAACGGUAAUUGGCCUUUUAAUCGAUCCCAUAGAAAUGGGCAGAAAUUGCAAGACAUCUUUAAUGGCUGUCUCUACAGCUCAGAACAUUUAUAUAUUUGAUAUGUUGGCAAUUGGUAAAAUAUUCAAAGAAAUACGUUUGAUUUUGGAAGCAGAAAGACCACGCAAAGCUGUACAUUUUAGCCAUAAGAUUGCAGAUCAUUUAAAAUAUCGUCAUAAUAUUGUACUCAAAGGUAUAUUUGAUACAUUUUUGGCCUAUUGUGUAGUGACAGGGGAAAAGUGUAAUUUAACUUUGGAAGAAGCUGUUCAAAAAACUUUCAGCAUAUCAAAUGUAUAUUUUGAAAAUGAUGAAGAUAAAGAGAUUUCUGUCAAUAGCUAUCAGCGUCCUUUGCCCCCAAGCCAACGUAUGUUAAUUGCCAAAAAAGUGGCCUUUCAACUGAAACUUUACGAUCAUUUAUUACAUGAAUAUAUGUUAAAAAAUUUCUACCGGCAAUGUGAAAAUUUCUCUCAAACAUUUUAUAAUAACGAUGAUAAUUUCCAGGUAGGUCAACAAUUACAUCCCAGCAGUCGUGCUGGUUAUGAACAUAUACAACCAAAUGGCAAUUGGAAAGAUAAGUUAAAUUUUAAUUUAGAAAUAUUUAAAUAAUAAGUAAAUUUUAAUAUAAUUAGCAAUUUUCUAUAGGAUAUGUUUUUAUUAGUCCUUAAGGCAUCUUUACAUUGUUCUACAAAACGUUAGAUUUUCAUUUUAUAACGACAAAGAUAACUAAAAUGAGAAUUGUUAUGAUUUUUAAUGAUACCUAAUAGAAAAUAAAAACCGCAUCAGUUGAUUGAUAUAUGUACAUAUCUUCAUAUUAAUUUUAAAUUUGUUUUUGUUUUUUAAACUCUGUUAAAAUGGACUUUCAGUUUUCCAUCUACAAUUUUUAUUGCUUUCAUUUUAUUUGUAGUUUUGUCAUGUCGUUUUAUUUUGUAGAAUAAUGUAAUUAAUAUUAAUUAAAAUUUACAUUAAAUGUGUAAGUUGAAAAGGAAUCACACAUUUGUUUAUUUAUAAGCAUAUUUAUUUCUCCUAAUAUUAGUAUAAAUACUUUUAAUAGUUUACUGAAGAAAACUACUAUUAAAUUUAUAAACACGUGUAAGUUUCUUUUCAUUUGUGCAAAUUAACUAUUUACAUUCUUUUAGAAUCUAUUCUCUAAAUAUGGUUUUAAAAACCUUAAAAUGUUAAAAUAAUUCAAGUCAUAAGGUUAAGUUUAUUACUAAUACAAUCACGAACAAGGCUUUUAAAGAAUUCUCUAAUUCAUACACAGGCCAACGAAAUCAAGUUUGGUAAAAAACUUAUUAACUCAAUUUUUAGGUAAUGAAAAAGAGUUUAUAUAAAUUUUAAAAUAAAAUAAUAAUUUACGUUAAAGCAUACAUCGGCAGAGAGUUCGGUAAAGUGUCAAUACACACGUAAAAGACCGUCAUUUACAGUAAUGUGUUUAACACUAAUUUGUAUAUAAGUAACGUGACCAGACAUCCCGCCAAAAGCGGGAUUACCCCGCUUUUUAAAGAUUGAUCACGACUUAGAUUUCCAUCCCGCUUUUUAAUAACAAAUCACGCUUUUUGCUACAAAUCUCUAUCAGGACAAUUGUCCUUAAUUUUAUUGUAAUCAAUUUGGGAUUUACUCUUUAAAAGUUUAAAAAUUAAACUUUAAAUUUAAAUUAAGAAAUUUUGUUAGAAAAUAGAAUGUCUGUUCAUUAACAAAAAUUUGUUACAAAUUAUCAGAAACUGUUUUUGUAUUUCAAUAUAAAUUUCAAAUAUUUUGUGUGAAAAUUAGUAACAACUUUUAGUUAUUGAACAGACAAAGAUAUUCAAAAAAAAAAAUACUUAAUCUAGUAAUUUUUAAUAAUUUUUCAAAAUGUGGGUAAAACUAGACAUCCACUUUUUAUAUAACUAAGUUGAUUUUUAAAGUUAAUGGUCAAAAAAAAUUAUUUUAAGUGACAAGUGAGCAUUGACUUUUUGGGCCCAUGACUUUUAACUUAUAAAGCUGGAAAAUUGAAUUUAUUCUCACUUAAAGUGACUAUAUAUCCGAUCUAAUAGAACACACUAAUAUUAAACAAUCAGGAGAAAAAAUUUGUUCUAUUUGUGGUCCCAUUCUGAUUUGUUUUAUUUUAUUUAAUAUUUCAGAGUGAUUUUAUCGAAUUUUUCAUACACUAUGUUUCCUAGAUUUUAGGCAGAAUUCUAGAGGAACAUAUGUAUGCUGUAUAAAAAGAUUAAUUUAGACUGAUUUUUUUUAAUAACACAGGCCAACAAAAAAUUAUAUAAAUCGAAAUGAAGGAUUGCUACUUAAAAUUUGAAUCUGGCAUUAUAAUUAUAUAUAUAUAUUCUGGGUUCUUAUUAAAUUCUAAGACGAUUUAGCCAUGUCUGUUCGUCCGUCUGUCUGUCUGUUGUAAACACGGGCGGAAAGAGCUAGAGAGUUGAAAUUU